AUGGACUAUUGUGAUUCAUGCAGAACUGUGUUAUAAGAGAGAUCUUCCUUAUUAAACCAUAUUAAAAACUUAAGGGGGAAACUGGAGAAGGCUGAACUAGAAUUAUAAGAAUUGAAAGAUGAGAACUAAUUAUUGAAGGGCAAUGGACAUACAUAGUAGAAAUUAAAACGCAAAAAUAAUAUGUUUAAAUUAGAAUUGGAAUAAAGUUACUAAAAAAUUGAAUAAUUAUAAUUGAUAAUUCAACAUAAAGAUAUGAUAAUUGACGAAUAAGCAUUAAAUGAUAAUCUUACAGAAAAUACUCCUACAGUAGUAUAAGGAAAAUGA